UUUUAAAGAUAUAAAAACAAAAUUGAGCUAAUGGAAAUCAUUGUCUCAGUUGCAUUCAGCGUGCACACAUUUUGAUAAUCAUGCGAUCCAUAGCACUUGCACUCCUGAUCCUUGCCGGAAUCCUGGCCUACGGCAAUGCAGCUCCUCAGCUGAAUUUGGCUUGGCUGCAGGGGAUCCUGGAAGAGGCUGGUCAAAGGAAUACGACGGUUAAGUUUGGAAACAACACGGUGAUCAUUACGGGAGUAUCCAAUGCCGUCGCCAACAGCAACGAGGCAACCAAUCGUCCAACUCCACAAGGCCCAUGGAAUAACCAUAGGCUUCCGUACGACGGCUUAUACGGUUACAACGGCUACAACGGCUACAACGGUUACAACGGUUACUACGGCUACUAUCGCAUGGUGCCCACCAUCGAUGGUCAGACUGUCGAGGAGCCACAGGAAUCCGACGAGGUUUCCCAGGAUCAGAGUGACGAUGAAUCUGGCGAGGAUCAAUACCAGCUGGAGGAUCAAAGUGAAGAGCUCAAAGACGUGAGCGUAGUAUAUCUUUCAGAGGACGAGCUCAUGGAGCUGGAAAAGGAUCAGCUCCAUGAUGAGGAGAAGGCGGAAGAUGGGCCCCAUGACCAAUCCGGGGAGGCUUCCCAGGAAGUCAACGAAAAUGAGUAGCUUGCCGCUAUAUAAAAUGAAUAGGCAAUGAGCCAUAUUGAAAGUGUUCAUAGAACACACGUUAUGUUACAUUAAUUUCAUUUCAUAUUUUUCAAAAAUUUGGUUUUUACUUGAAGCAUAUUUCAGACAACAAACUCGUUUAACUAAUUAGGAUUUGAUUAAACCACACUGUGCUUUGCCA